CACGUGAUCAAUACAAUCUGUUGUUGGGGAGAAGUCGCCAUUUUAUACUGUCCUUGGCUUGAAAUCGAAAAAUGUUAAAUUAAAAGUGUAUUUAUGAAUAAUCAUGACACAGUUGGAAGUUCAAUUUCACUUGGAUUGGUUGAUUAACCUUUUGGUAGCUAAUACAACCAUGUCAGCGGAAUAAACAUUACCUGUCUUUAAUUUUUGACCAGUUAUUUUUGUGUUCAUGGCAGGAAAAGUCGCCAAAGUUCAGGUUGCAAAAUUCCCUAUGCACGAUUUUAAUGAUGCAAGUUACAUAGAAAAACGCCAGUCUGGAGGCUGGAAUAUGGAAGAAAAUGAUGUCCUUGAUCAACUAAGAGACCAGAGAUUCCAGAGACGUGUAGAAAUUUUAGAGCAGUUGCUGAUUACUGUAAGAAGAAAUGGUGGAAAACUUCCAUUUUCAAAUCAACAAUCCAUAUUCAGGGGACUUGGUUUGGCUCUUUCUGACUCAAAUUGGGACGUGAGAUUAAAAUGUAUUCAGUUAAUAAACGAAGUUAUACCUCAGUUUGGGGAUGGAUUAGAUUCCUGCAUGUCAGAGGUGAUGGGAAAGUUAAUUCCAAACAUUGGGGAAAGCAAAAUAACAGUUCGGAGGGCCGUAAUACAGACACUUCAUGUGUACAUGAAGUGCACAAAUCAUGUUCCAUCAUUGCUGCGGGCUAUUGUACAUUUUGGGCUAGAAAAUGAUGAUACAAGAGUCCGAAAAGAAUCCAUAGUUGCAUUGCCAAUGCUUUUCACACCAGAAUUUGCAAGAGAAAAUUUCUUUGAAAUUACACAGUCACUGGCUAAAAAGUUGCUGGACACAUCAAUGGAAGACAACUUACGUGAUUGCUCAUUAAUGACAUUAGAGAAGAUAAAAGCUUUGGUUGGCGACAGAGAAUUUAAUAAUUAUCUACACAAAUUGUCUCCACCAUUAAGACGCUACUAUUUUCAAUUAACCGGGCACAAUGAGGCUGAUCAAGUUGAUUCCCCAAUGAAAGGUAAUGUCGGCAAUGGAUCUAGUAAUUAUUCUACUCCGAGACAAGCCCCAUUUUCUAAGGCCACCAGGGUGAAUGGUUCAAUGAAUUCUGUACAGCAACAGCCACAGCAACAUUUGCACCAGGCUCAGUAUGUAGAUUCCUACGAGUUUGGAAUAAUCCCUAGUCAUGUUAUGAGUCAAAUUAAUGACCAAGAAAACUUUAAACUUCGGGCAAAAGGUGUAGAAGAAUUGCGAAAUAUCAUGUAUGAUUUGAGUGAAAACGAUGUUCAAAAUAACCUUAUGCCACACAUGAUUUCAUUCAUCAGUUUCUUGAAUAAUUUGUUAGACGAUUCUAAUUUUAAGAUUACAACUGUGACGUUAGAAAUAUUGUGCAUAUUAGUAGAAAAGUUAGGCAAGAAUGUGAAACAGUAUCUGAAACCAUUAUCUUUAACACUAGCUAAGAGGAUGGGUGAUAAUAAGAUUGUUGUGAGACAGGCAGUAAUGAAAGUUGCUAUCAAGAUGAUGCAGAGUCAUUCUGCGAAACCAGUGCUAUCUGUGAUAUGUGAAAAUCUUCAGCAUAAAAACUCUAAAGUAAGACAAGAGACGCUUAACAUUAUUAUAGCGGCAUUGUUGACUUUUCCAAGUUAUGCAUUUGAUCUCCCAGGUGUUUGUAAAAUGGUCGCGCCCACAUUGACUGAUGGUAAACGUCAGGUGCGACAGGCAGCACUUGAAUGUCUAUCUGUGAUUGCACAGGCCAUGGGUCCUGGCCGGCUGGGACCUUUGGUUCAAGUUGUUGAUCAAGUUGAACUGAGUAAUGAUGGUGAAGGUGUUAUGGGGGCAGUGCAGGCACGUCUUGCAAGGCGACAGUUACCGAAAUUGAACAGUGAGGGUUUGGUUGAAUAUGCCACUCCUGUGCCUUCCUCAGCAUCAACACGAAGUUCAGCAAGUUUUCAGGUUCAAGGUGCUGAUGUUGAAUGGAUUGUUGGAGGAUCUCAGAGUAUGAGAGGCCUCUCAAGGUCUGAUACAAUGGAGUUAGAGUCAGUUACAUCCACACCAACUCCGACUGGAAAUCCUGGUGAAUCAAAUGGUCGACCAUUUGUAAGCUCUGGAAAAGGAAGAAAAAAGCUGCCAUGGGAAGGAGAGUCAAAUGGACAGUCUGAAGGACCGCCAAAGCCUCGCCAGACGUGGUCGAAUAGCGAUGACAGUCAUGACAUCUACAACAAGAAGCCCAUCAUCAAGCGGCGUACACAGCCAAUUGUUUCACAGUCCCCAGACGACACCCAGCAAGAAUCCUCAUACAAACAGAUUCAUCUUACAAAGUUGAGGAAGACCCAGUCUUUGAAAUCCACAAAUUUCCGUGGCCUUGACCUUGCGGUACAAAGUGACAAAGCAGACAACAUUGUACCACUUCCGAGCUGUUUGGAGCCUAUUCCCAGCAGUUUGCUGGAGUUGGAGCCGGGUCCCAGCAUUCAGCUGGAGCCAAUACCCAGCAUCCCAAUUGAGUCGGACUGGGAUGACCCACCAACUCCCAUCCCACCACCUGAAGAUAGUAGAAAAGGGAAAGAUGAUGAAUCGCCAUUCCCGUCAAAAGCAACACUAGCACGUUCAGCCACACGACGCCCCACGAAGAAAGUACCGCCAAUAUCUAGCUCUGACAAACACAGCAGCCGCGAUGAUGAUGCCGAUAGUGCAUACGCUACUUCCUUGGGAAGUACGCUGGAGGCGGAGUCUCACAUUGAGAUGAUGUCUUCAUUGAAGGGUAUUAGACAACAGGAAAAGAUGAUGAACUCGUUAAUGAGCAUCAGAAGUAGCGCAUCAAAGAAGAAAGAAAAGAUUAUUGAGCAGCAAAGCUCAUCGACGCUAACAUCGCGAUCACCGUCACCAGACACUUUGAAAGAAAGUGGAAUCUGGAGCGAUUCUGAUACAAGUAGUAAAAAGAAAUCCAAAAAUCCAUUUGAGUCACGCCCUAAGAUCCCACGAGAGUCACCGUUUGAAUCGAAACCAAAGUUAGCAAGAACUGGAUCAUAUAAUAAUAAGAAAAAUGGAGACAAUAGUGAUGACACAGUGUAUGUGGAUUAUAACCCGAGUAGUGGUGUAACAUUCAGAGAAAAUAAAAAUUCCGACGUUCAAGUUGUCGGGAAAGGAUAUAACGAAGACGGAACUUCAUUAGAUAAUCGAUCACUUAACGGAAUUAAUAAAAAAGCGACCGAUAAACGAAGGGUUACGAAAGGCUCAGUUCUCUCACCACUAGGUGUCGCCUCUAUGCACAGCUAUGGUUCCCUGGAAUCAGAGGAAGAAAGCAAACAUACUUCACCUAGUCCCGAAGGAAUAGGUGUUGUGGGAAUUGGAAUGUUUGAAAAUAUUAAUGGUACAGAACAUGCAAUAAACGCUGGAAAUUCUCAGUCUAACGAUCGAAACAAUCGUCAACCAAUGAAGCAGGAUAGAAAAGAUUUCACGAGUGGGGUCGUGGGAGUCGGGGUCAGCAAGCAAGGGUCGUUUGAGGACCCAAGCAUGGACAUUCUGGAUGAUGUAGAUGACGACCCGAAUAAUUUGCGGAUGAGCCAAAAAUUGAGCGAUACAAUCGCAAAAAGGAAGAAGCAACUAGAAGAAGAAAACGAAAGAGAGCGUGUGGAAAGAGAGAAGAAAAAACAAGAACACGACGAAAAAUUAAAGAAAGAACGAGAGAGGCAACAAGAAAAACUUAGACGGCUUAACACAAGCGAGAGUUUAGGUAUUGAGUCAUUAUCAAUAUCCGGGGCUGGAUCUGGAUCUGGGUCAUCAUCUAACAUAAACACACCCAAGACACGAGCGUCUCCUUCCCUGACACCAAGAAAGAAGAGCAAACCGCAAAUGGAUGUAGUAGACUCUAGUCACCCCCUGUCUGCGUCAUCACGGUCACCUCUGGAAUCGGACAACCCUGAGGAUUGGAAACCGUACAAAGAUCCUGAUCUAGCAUUGCGACAGGCACAUAAAAAUAUGGCUCAAGAUGACUGGGAGACAAAAUGUGGCGGAAUCAACAGUGUACGCCGUCUGUCCGUGUAUCACAAGGAUGUAUUAAUAGCCAACCUGCAUCCAGUUAUUGUAGCUAUACUUGGUGAAAUAAAGAACCUCAGAUCUCAGGUGUCAAGACUUGCCAUUGUUUGUAUGGGAGAUUUGUUUGUCUAUCUAACCAAACACAUGGACACAGAUCUUGACAUGGUUGUUAGAGGUUUGUUAGCAAAGAAUGGCGAGAGUAACGGGUUUAUCAGAGAAGAUUCAGAAAGGGCGUUACAAGCCAUGGUGGAAGCUGUAACACCACAGAGGGCGCUGAUCGCUCUCAUUGCUGGUGGUGCUACACAUAAAAAUAUAUCAGUUAGACGGACAACGGCUCGGUUCCUAGUUAAUAUAGUACAGCGUAUGGGACCGGGACGUGUAUUGUCAGGAAUUAAAGACGUCACCGAUCGUAUAAUCCCUGCAGUAGCUCAGUUCUCCAUGGAUAGCUCACAAGAAACUAGGUACUAUGGCCGUAAGAUGUUAUAUAAUUUAAUGACUCAUCAAGAUUUUGACAAGAUGCUAGCUAAACAUUUACCAAACAAUACUCUUAGAAAUGUGAAGGAAAUUGUGGAGUCACUGAGAAUCAAGGGUAUCGGGGACGGCCCUAACGAGACAUCGUCUGCACGUGGAUGGAGGUCAGGUCACGGGAGCAGGUCAAGCUCGGUGAUUCGUGGAAAUUCAGCUAAUAGUGAGACACCAAAACGUCGUAGUAACACACGGACAGACGAGGCAACAAUGGAAGAGAUUAAAGAAUUAACAGCAAUGAUGUCGGCCAAUGAUUGGAGAGAUAGAUAUAAGGGUAUAACCACCCUGUUAGAAAUGUGCGAGAUGAAUGCCCAGCUUGUUUCCAGUAAUGUUAUCAAGAUAUUUGACAAGUUCUUGCCUAGAUUACAAGACCCUAACAGUAAGGUGAACUUGUACGCCCUACAAGUGAUGUUACAGAUUAUACCUAUUCUGAACAACUCACUGAGUUCCGUUAUAAACAUGGCCGUCGGCAACGUAUCUCCUAACCUCUCAUCCAAGAAUAAGGAAAUUAACCAAACCGCAAUUGAUAUAAUAGAUGCUUUGCUAGAAAAUCUAGAUGGUGCAGUGCUAAUUCAGCCAAUGGCAAAUCAGGCCCAAUCUGCAAGUGCUCGCAGUAAACCUCAUCUUGUAGAAACUGUUGCUGAACUAGUGAAUCGAGUAUAUCCUAAGAAGACGAAGCAGGUUGUGUUGCAUGUCUUGCCAUUGUUGUGGCAUCUGCUCGGGGCCACCAACAGUAGUGGGGCCGUUCAAGGGGGAAGCUCUAGUAUUAGAACAGCCACUGGCAAACUAGUAAACUCACUACAUGCACAUAUGGGAAGUCAGUUGAUCGAAAGAGCAUCCUCGGACCCGAAUGUAACCCCACGACAUAUUCAGUUAUUACAGGAAUUGAUAGAAUAUUCAUGAGGCUAGAGACCAGGUUUUUGAAUGAAGAAAAAAAACCUGGAAAUUAUCACUGUAAUAAGAACUAGGCCUGAAGUAUGUUUUAUUGAAAUAUCAUUGAAGAUGAGUGAACAUUUUUCAUAUAAAAAUGAGGAAAGGAUUGCAAAGGCCAUUCAAUUUAGUGCUGAUUUUGACAGCAAUAUGGCUUUGAUAUUUAUGUUGAAAGGUUGGUUUAAUAGAAAAAAACAUGUGACCAGUUAGGGAUGAUUGAACCUCAAUCAGGAUGAGAGAAAAAACAUUUAUGUUUAUUUAAUACAUGUGAAAUUUAUUGUUUUUGUGACAUUUGUCAUUUGCAAAGAAGUGAUAUAGAUAUAGUCAAGAAGAUGAAUACGCCCAAUGAGUAUUUCACUUAGUUGUGUCGAGGGAAGGGAAGGAAUGUUAUGAUAAAAGUUCAAAGGAAAGAAAAAGGAAAUAGUUUUGACAUAAUAUAUAACAGAACAGAACUGAAGUAAAAAAUCUUCAAAGGGAAGUAAUGGAAAGAAAAAACACAGUCUGUGUUGCAUGUUUUAAAAAGAUAUUUAUUUCGAUAUAAAAAUCAUGUAAUUUUGUAGAUAUUGUGUAUUAUUUAAUAGAUAAUUGUUAUGUUGUUAACUUCUAGAUUGCUUUUGUUAUAAAAAAAAAUAAUCCCAAUUGUCAUAAUACUGACUUUGUUACAUAGAUCUUCUAUGUUUCCAGUUGUAGGAGGAAAAAAAGGGGACAUGCAAGGAUAUGGCUUAAGUUGAAGUUUGUAGGGUAAUACUUGUAUGAUCUGGUCAGAUUGAAUUGUCAGCACCAGAGAAAAGUAAUUUACCAACUGAUUUAUUUGGGGCUUUUCCUACAAAGGAACCAUUUUGUUCUCCGCCCCUAUUAAUUCCCCUAUAUGACAAAAAGUAAAAAUUUUCAUCAGGGAUUUUGCCAGAUAUGUUAUUUAGCAAAAGCGUUCGGUAUUGAAUUAUUUUUAUCUUGUUUUUUUUUUGUUUUUCAUUAUUUUUUUCGCCACAAUCAGAGUAAAAUGUAGUUUUAGAUUUUUAAAAAUAAAUAUUAGUCUAGAUUUAGGAAAAUAAACAAAUUAUGUAACCUUAUAAAGUGCUGGUUUAUGCCAGUAUAUGGAGUUCUAUAUUAUCCUUCAUACGCCUUUUAUUUGAUAGUUUCACCUUUUUAAUUUUAAUGCAUGAAGUAACAUCAUUUAAAUAAUUUGAACGGAUGAAAUGCGUGACCCUGUAUAGUGACGGAAUUCUUUCUUCUUUUUUUUACUUUCGGAAAGAAAACCAGAAGUCAUUUUCAAAUAUUUUGACAUGGGUGCAGUUUUUUUGUUCUUUUUUAACUUACAACAUCUGUGAUUAUAUUUAUGUGCUUUUUAAAAUUAUUUUUUGUUCAUUACGUUCUUUUUUUUGCAAUGCAGUUGUGAGUUGGGUCAUGUGUUAAAUAAAUAAAAUUUUGAAUAGAUUAUAUGUUUUGUUAUGUAAGUGCUGCCAUGAAUGUGUUAGGGUUGUGUUGAUUUUUAAUCGUUACAUUUUAACAUACUCGAAAUAAUGCUGUGGAUGUUAAAAUGAUGUAUUAUUUAUUUUAAAUUCGGCUUUUAUGAAAGCGAACUAUUGUUUUACAAUUUAACUGUGAUACAUUAUUGAACGCAUAUAGCCAGUCAGUAAAUUUUUAAAGAAUUAAAAAAAAAAACAGUUUUCUGUGUGUUUUUAUUUUAUUGUUUUCAUUGCACUUAACACUUUCGGCAAACUCGUUUAUAAAUCUAAAUGUACAUGUAUAUAUUCCUAUGCCAGUUUAUAUUCUCAAGUCAGAAAAACCAUUUGAAAUGUAGAUAUGAUUUUAAUGUUGACAUUUUUUGAGAGAAGGAAAAUAUGCAGAGCAGAUGUACUAAGUAUAUAGAAAUUUUCUUGUAGAGUUUAGUUCAAUUAAGUGCUCAUUGUGAAAGAUGUUUUAACAUUCAAAUAUCGGAAUAUAUAAUGAUGAUAUACUGAUUGUAAAACAAAUUUAGGUAAAAUGCCACAGUUCUCUUUGUGUUUUUAUUCCCAUUGAAAAGUCACUAAGGUUUUUGUAAUAUAACGAUGUGUAAAGGGUUUUGCACACUGUGUAUAAAAUUGUGAGCAGUUGAUGAAAUUAUUUACACAAUGUGAAGAUUUUUUUUUACACAGAUUAUGGCAUAUAGUUUUGUACACAAGUGUAGGAAUAUAUUCAACAUACAGAAUUUUGUGCACUUUAUACCUGGAAUUUGUACACAAGUGUGUGUAAUAUUCAUUUGCCUACAUGGCUAGAAUCGGUUACGUUUCACAAAGCUGUAUACACAGUGUGCGGAAUUGUUUACGCUCCAGAGUUAUUUACACAUCAGUUGAUCACAAAGUGCAUAGUAUGUAUAUAACACAAUUGUAUUAUUAAUUAUUAACAUAGUGUGAAAAUUAAAUUGUUUACACAACACAGUAUGUACAUGAUUAUUUUAUGCUGUGUUUUAAUUUAAAAGUUGUAUGAAUUUUUUGCAUUUCUCUUGUUGUAUUGUUAAUCCGUCCAGAUUUUAUCUUUACAUAUUGUAUAUAUAGGUGUAUUGUAUUUUAGGAAAGGAUCACUUACAUAUCUCAUUCCACCAUUAGAAGUUAAAAAUCGUUACUGACUGACUAGCAUGUAAUAUAUUUACCCUUCAAAUUUUCCUCUAGUUGUGAAUAAAACUUGUGAGCAUCAAUUGUUUCUUCAAGUAUGUUAUUAUAUGUAUAAUUGAUGGUGGAUAGAAUGGAAAUUUUUUUUUUAUAUAAAAGAAGAAACCAGAUUUGCUCAGUGAUUGAAUAGUUACUCUGAAGUUAUACUUAUAAAAAGUAUAUGAAUGUAUUUUAAUUUGGAAAAAGCCUUAGAGGAUAACUUUUGUUAUUCCAGGAAUUUUAAAAACACAAACAUUCUUUGUUUUAGUGAGCAUUUUUCUUACCUUUUGGAAGCCAUAGAGAUAAAUUAAAGUUUUUAUCUUGGGGGAAUUUGUACCUAAAAUUAAUCUUAUCUAAUGGGAACUCAUUAAGUUUUUACCUUUUAUUUAAAAAAAAACACAAUAGGAAAAGUUGAAUAUCAGAAUUGUCAAAAAAAAAAGGAAAGUGACAUUUUGAAGUUUAUUUGGAAUUGACAGCUUUUAAAAUGGGUAUUAUUAAUUUAAAGAGUUAAACGUUUACGAAGCAUAUCACUGAUUUUGUGCCUUGUUGUAAGAGAAAUUGUUUGGGUGUGUUUCAUUAUAUACCUCACUCAUGAAUACUGUCACAAAAAUACAUGUUUAUAUUUCACGUUAAAGAUACAGUUAUAUAUAUAUAUUUCAAAUCUUAUAUGUUACCUUGGUAAAAGUACUGCAAGUGUAAAACAUGUUUUGUUCUACAACUACUGUGAUCGUACGCUGCAUUAUAAUGGUCAGGGUUUGUUUUGGAUAAAUAAGGAAAACGUAAUGGGCCUUUAAGAUGGUUAUUGACUGGAAAGAUUAGUUUGACAAAAGGGGAAAAUUCAAUGAAUUUUUAUAUAUCACAAGUAUAACUUAUUAAAAGGUAUAAUAACAGGAAAUGUUUAAGAUUUAGGAGCAUUUUUAUCCUAAACUUACUAAAUUUGUGUUACAACUUUGCACAACUUUGAAUUUGGAACAGUCCAUUUCAAAGUUUAAGGGAUUUCAAUUUAAAAACUUCCAACAGUACAGAGCCUGGCGGUAAAGGCUAAUAACCUCCAGUUCCAGUUGAAUUAUGAGUUAAAAUGUGUAAUGAAAAGUGUUCUGUUAAUGAAAGGAUCAUAAAUAUAAAGAGGCCAUUUAGUCUAACAGUUAAAACAUGAUACC